AUGAACCAACAAAUUAGAAUGUUCCAAAAAGGCCUAAAAUCUCUCAUAUGUCGCAGAAAGUCCAUUCAGCUACGUAAAUUAAGCACCGCCGUCGAUAACGAAAAAUACAAAAUUACGGACAAAUUCGAGGGACGACCGCUCUACUUGGACGUACAGGCAACAGCCCCGCUGGAUCCCCGAGUGUUGGAUGCCAUGCUUCCUUAUUUAACCAAUUACUACGGGAACCCCCAUUCGAGAACCCACGCCUACGGAUGGGAAACCGAAUCGGCCGUCGAAGAAGCCCGAAAACACAUCGCGGAUUUAAUCGGAGCAGAUCCCAAAGAAAUCAUCUUCACCUCAGGCGCCACCGAGAGCAAUAACAUCGCUAUUAAAGGCGUCGGGCGGUUUUACAAAGAUAAAAAGAAGCAUAUUAUUACUACACAAACGGAACAUAAGUGUGUUUUGGACUCGUGCAGAGCCCUGGAAAACGAAGGGUUUAGAAUUACUUAUUUACCCGUUAAAACCAACGGUAUUAUUUCUUUGGAGGAGCUCGAUAAAGCCAUCACACCUGAUACAUCUGUCGUAUCUAUCAUGUCUGUAAACAACGAAAUAGGAGUGAAGCAGCCAAUAGAGGCUAUCGGGGUGCUAUGCAAGCAGAAAAAGGUGUUUUUCCACACAGACGCAGCACAAGCAGUAGGAAAAAUUCACCUAGACGUAAACUCGAUGAACAUCGACCUCAUGUCGAUCAGCGGUCACAAAUUAUACGGCCCCAAAGGCAUCGGUGCUAUAUACAUCCGCAGGAGGCCCAGAGUGCGAGUGGAAGCGCUCCAGAGCGGCGGCGGACAAGAAAGGGGCAUCCGAAGUGGAACUGUACCUGCCCCUUUAGUUGUAGGUUUCGGCGAAGCCUGUCGCUUGGCCAAAUCGGAAAUGUCAUACGAUCAUGCGCACAUCGAAAAGCUGAGCAAACGAUUGAUCGAUCGAAUCUGCGGAUCCCUAACGCACGUUAUACGAAACGGUGAUGAUGUAGAGACUUAUCCGGGUUGCGUGAAUUUGUCUUUCGCUUACGUAGAAGGUGAAUCUCUGUUGAUGGCUCUGAAAGAUGUGGCUCUUUCGAGCGGUUCGGCUUGUACUUCUGCUUCGUUGGAGCCGUCUUAUGUCCUCCGUGCUAUCGGGGCUGAUGAGGAUUUGGCGCAUAGUUCGAUUAGAUUCGGGAUCGGUCGGUUCACGACGGAGGAUGAGGUGGAUUAUACGGCGAAAAAGUGCGUUUAUCACGUGAGUAGGUUGAGAGAGAUGAGCCCGUUGUGGGAGAUGGUACAAGAGGGGGUCGAUUUGAAAACUAUCAAAUGGUCGCAGCAUUAA